GUGGGCAGCUUCUCCGAGAUGAACAAGUUCCCGGCGGCAAUUGAUUAUUUGGAUUCGGGGAAGGUCAAGGUGAAGGGGAUUGUGAAUAAGGUCUUCAAGAUCGAAGAGUGGGAGGAUUGUUUGGAGGCGAUGAAGAAUAAGAGUGCCAUUAAGGCUGCGAUUGUGUUUGAUUAAUUAGUCUGAUUAUUUAGUUGGGGUUAAGACACAGAUCUCCGUUGAUAUCACCGUCUCCGUCUCCGUCUCCGUCCACUUCACUAGCACAGUACAUCCGCCACCACCAAUUAGACAAAAUGGUCAAACCACUAACCUUCAAAGGCGAUAAGCCCAAAAAGCGCAAGCACCGCACUGACGACUCCUCCAUCUCCACGCCCAAACCCCCCAAAAUCGCCAAAGACUCUGAACAAGCCGCCGAGGACGCGGAAGAAGACACAGAAGACCAAAGCUGGGUCUCAGCAGAUACACCCUCUGACCUCGCCGGUCCGAUUGUCCUCAUUUUACCCUCUGAAAAGCCUACAUGCGUCGCUAGCGACACGAAUGGAAAGGUGUUUGCGAGUGAACUGGAGAAUCUAAUUGAGGGCAAUCCGGCGACGGCGGAACCGCAUGACGUGCGACAGGUCUGGGUCGCGACAAGAGUCGCAGGGACGGAGGGCUUUAGUUUCAAGGGACACCAUGGGAAAUACCUAAGCUGCGACACUCACGGCAUCCCCAGCGCAACAUCCUCCGCCAUCUCCCACCGCGAAUCCUUCCUCGUCAUCCCCUCACCCGAUCUCCCCGGUACAUUCGCGCUGCAAACCCACGGUGGCGACAAAGAAUCCUUUCUCUCAAUUACCGAAAGCGACUCCGGACAUAAGGGUGGUGGCAUCGAUAUCCGCGGCGACACGACGACGCUCUCCUUCGAAACGACGAUCCGCAUCCGUAUGCAGGCGCGUUUUAAGCCACGCAUCAAAGCGAACAAGGAGAGUAAGGCGAUGGAGAAGAUUAGUCAGAAAGAGUUGGAGGGGAUCGUGGGGAGGAGGUUGGAGGAUUCGGAUGUGAAAAGGUUGAGGAAGGCGAGGAAGGAAGGAAAUUUUCAUGAGGAGGUGUUGGAUGUUCGGGUUAAGGGAAAGCACGAUAAGUUUGCUUGAUUGUCUUCCAGGGACAUGCUGGUUUGGGAGGGUUUGCAGAGCUGUGUUAAACCCACCCCCUUUUCUUUUUUUUCUUUUUUUUUCCAUCUACUGGCCAGGUCAGGCCAGACAGGACGACCGGGACAGGUCCCGUACAGAGCAAGGUUGCUCUGCCGACUACGAUACCACACUAACUCGCAUCGGCUUCGAGUCAUUACAUAAAAGAGCAACUUGAAUACAACAAGAUACAUAACAUUGCGAAGGGGUAUCAUAACACAACCAAUAACUACAAAUAGAUCAGCAUGAAUAAACAAGGAGAGAAGACUAGUUCGUCCUCCGCUGCAUAUAAUCCCGU